AUGGCAUCCAACCCAUCCCAAGCCCCAGUGCUAGAAACAAUCGACAAAACUUCCGGACAUGAGUUUGCGCUGCCCGCAAAACGCAUCCACGAUGGCGACGACGUCACUGCUUUCUUGGCAAGCAGAGCAUACGCCGACAUUAUGACUUUCAUCUUCCAGCUAAACACGGCUAUGAUACCCCGGAAGAUUGAUCUAAAAGAGCCAGGAGAAGAGGAAACAGCAAAAGAAUGGACUUUAAAUGAUAAAGAUGUGCCAUAUACACCCGUCGUACAGAACCUCGCCAAGCUUCUCGAUGCCCUAACGUCCAUCAUCGACGAAGCACCGCCAGACCCGGGACCCCGUCGUUUCGGAAAUGUCAGCUUCAGAACCUGGUACAAACUUGUUCGUGAGCAGGCUUCGGGGCUUCUGGAUCAGCAUCUUCCCCAGCACGUGCUGGAUUUCAAGUCGACAUCGGAUGUUAGUGCGAAAAGCGAAUUAGAAGCGUAUUUCCUCGGCAGCUUUGGCAGUUCGCAACGCCUUGACUACGGUACGGGGCAUGAAUUGAGUUUCCUCGCUUUCCUCGGCUGUCUGUGGAAACUCGGUGCGUUUCCUGAGUCGCAGGCUGGCGAUCAAGAGCGCGGCAUCGUACUGGGUGUCCUGGAACCUUACCUCGUUCUCAUCCGGCGCCUGAUCUUAACCUACACGCUUGAACCCGCGGGGUCACAUGGCGUAUGGGGUCUAGACGACCACUCAUUCCUCCCAUACAUCUUCGGCAGCGCACAAUUUUCCCCAGCUAUCUCAACGCCCGGCGACGUAGCGGCAGAGGGUUCGCUCCCCACAGCCCCAAACCCAGGCGACGUUGCCAAAGCCCCAGCCGUCGAGCGCGAACGAAAACGAAACAUGUACUUCAGCGCCAUCGGCUUCAUCUAUGACGUGAAAAAGGGCCCCUUCUGGGAACACAGCAACAUUCUAUACGACGUGUCCGGCGUAAAAGCCGGCUGGGCAAAAAUCAACAAGGGCAUGAUAAAAAUGUACAACGCAGAAGUCCUCUCCAAAUUCCCCGUCGUCCAACACUUCCCCUUCGGCUCCCUCUUCUCCUUCAGCCCAGACGCCAACGCCCGCAAAAUCCAAGCCACAGUGCAUACAACCUCGCAACCCAAAGCUGCAGUAUCAGCGACCCCGCGCCCCCAACCCGCACUGCGCGACCCCCUCGCUGACACAACGGCUAUGCCAUCGACAGCAAGGCCGGGUGGAGCGGUAGGAACGGCGGCGCCGUGGGCGAGAGGACCGGUGGCGGCGGGUCCGGGUGUCCCGAGUGGAGUUAAUCAGCCUACGAAGGCGCCGUGGGGGAGUAGGACGCCUGCGCCGCCACCAACGACGAUGCCGGGGGCUGGAGUUGGGACGGCGGCGCCGUGGGCGAGGAAGAAGGAGGACGGUGCUGCGGGGGAGGGACAGCAGAACACGAAGGCGCCGUGGGCGGAUAGACGGUGA